UUUUCCUCAAUUUAUAAUGGAAAACCUUUGGGAUAGUUUCUCAAAUUAGCUAACUCCAUUGGAAAGAAUGUCCACUCAUCCUUUAGAUUUAUUCAAGGACUUCACCACUGCUAGUGACUUGAACAGUAAUGCAGCAACCGAUGUAGGAAAUUCUGUCGAAGAACCGAUGGCUUUUUCGGAAGGUUUACCGCCCGCUAUCGAGCCAACGGGCUUGGACGACGACAGCUCAAAAGCAUCGAAGCGAAAACGGAAACGGCGCGUACUGGUAACGAAGAAAGAGCAAAAACGAGUCGAGGCUCAGGUGCAGCGCCGUCAGGCCCGACAGGUGAUCACCGAGGCAUGCACCUGUUACCUGUCGUGUCCGCGUAAGAUCACCCCCGAGCAGAGGCAGCUGCUGAACGAGCGCUACUGGCAGAUGGGUCACAUCGAGCAGAAGAAGUUCGUCCGCCGCUACUCGGUUCAGGGUAAGGUAAAGAGACGGCGGGUACCGGUCGAUCCACUCGGCGGGGUAGACGUUAAGAAGGCGUACACCUAUUCGUUCUAUCUGCCCGACGAAAAGGAGGAACUGCAAACCGUUUGCUGUACUUUUUUCCUGAAUACUCUGGGAUAUCGUAAGGGAUGCGGCAAUCAUAUUUAUCGUGCCCACGCUAGGGAAAACUUUGAUGAUAAUCGGGGUAAAUAUGAACGGGAUCGAUCGCUGCGCGAUGCCAUCUGGGACGAUAUUUUGUCCUAUUCACCAAGGACUUACCACAAGGGGUUGAAAUACAGUGCCACGGCACUUUAUUUACCGACGAAGUUGAACGCAAAACUAAUGCAUGCCGAUUUUAAAGUACGAAGAGAGGCGGUCGGGGAGAAGCCAGGUUGUGCCAGUUUUUACUGUGCAAUUCUCCGCGAGAUGGAUGUUCAUUUUGUGGAAAUGGAUGAUUUUGAAAUUCCAGAACGAAAGCCAGUGGUUCCAGUGUGCCAAAAGAGGUCCAUGGAGAUGGAAAUUUCGGUUAAUCAUACGGAUGCGGAAGCGUUAUAUCCAGUCGUGAAUAAGCAACAAUUCAACGAAUCAACGUUUUCUGAUGCAGAUCAAGCGGCAGCUAUCUUUUCGGAAUCGUUAGUGGAGCAAACCACCGGCGAAUCCAAUUAUGAGAGUUUGCAUCAUCCCCUCACCAGCGAAGGUAGUGUUAAACAGGAACCAUACUAUUCAACGUCAAUUGAAUCAGCAAAUGUGACAAGUUCGUACUAUAAUAAGGACAGUGAUGAUUACUCUGACUCAUACUCCAACAAUGCACCUGAAGCUAGCUAUGCCGAGUCGCCUUACUACGAUGCAACGGUCUGUCAGGAAAUCAAAUGCGAAGAAACGAAAAUUUCGGUUUGCCAGGAUCCCGUACUGGUAGAAGAGGAACCAACCUUUAAGUGUGAAACGAUUCUCUCCGCGGACCAUCAACCACUCAAGGUAAAGACCGAAAGUGCAGCGAAACCGGCCCCUAAACCACGCUCAAUGAAGCAAUGGAGAGCAAUGAAUCCGGAUAUUUCUGUAACGGUCGAAGGAUAUCCUCCAGUCAAACGUACAAAGAAGUACAUCGCAAAACUGAAUAAUAUUGUAAAACGGAAACAGCUGCAUCCCGUAAUGUAUCUGGAUUGCAACUGUCACCUAAGCUGCCGGGAGAAGAUCACCAAGGAACGCCAGGAACGCAUCAACAAUCACUACUGGAGCAUGAGCUUUGCCGACCAGCGGAUGUUCAUGCUCGAGCACACCGAACGGCAUGCCAUCAAGCGGCGGAGGAAAAAACUUUCCCCGGACGAAUCGGCUCGGAAAAGCUGCACCUUUUCCUACCGAAUGACGGACGAAAGUGGCCACUAUCAGCCGGUGUGCUGUCAGUUCUAUCUGAAUACCCUCGGAUAUGGGGUUGGUAGUGGUAAUGUUAUUUAUCGAGCACACCAGCUCGAGCUGGGUAAGGCUAUCUACGAUAAACGGGGUAAAUUUGCCCGCGAUACCACGCUGCGAGAUGCGAUGGAUGACGAUAUCCUGUCGUAUUUCACCGUCGAACAACAGGAACAGGGUGGACCGUUUGAUUUGUCCGCAACCAGUUGGUCACCGAAGAAAAUGUACACACAGUACGUGAAACGGCAGGCCGAAGCCGGUAACGAUAAACCCGGCAGUCUUGGGUUCUACUGGAGGCGCGUGAAAAACUUGAACGUUCAGUUUGCUCCGAAACCCGAACCUAAAGCGGGAGGCAAACGAAAACCACGAACAGCUAGCAGCACACAAAGGCGACUGGAGGUGAACCAUCAGGAUGUUCAAAGCGGUUACAGUAACGUGGGCUUCAGUAUGCCACAGUAGUGAUCGUGAUCGAAAGUUUGCAAUAUAAGUAUUUUAGUAUUUAUUGUGUUGUCACGGGGAAUUGUUCUACAAUUACCAGAAUAA